ACAUCUCUAAUCUCUGCAAACGACUGAGGAGUCCUGUCACGUUGUUACAGAAAUUUUUGUGGGUCUAAAAGCCUUCAUGUACCACUCGUAAUGGAAGAAAGGAUGAGAAGCAGACUUGAUAAGCCUGUAACUUUGCAUUUUGGUCCCUAUUGGGCUUGGGGCACGAUGAAACAUCGGAUGCAACGUCUCUACGGUCUAAUAACAAAACUGGAAGAAUUAGGAUACAAUGUGAGGCUUGAUCCUUAUGAUAUCUGGGACCAACUUGAAAUCACAGUUAAUGAAGUGAUAAUCUUCAAAUGCCGACAGACGUUUUUAAAAUAUAACUGUGAACAUGAUGAAGACCCUGUAUGCAGGAGAGCAGUUGAAGCUGUGACAGAGAUGUAUCCAAAAAUAAUUACUGCUGCACUAGCUGUGGAGAAAGUUGAAGAAUUACCACCAGAAAGUCAUCCAGCAGUUGCAGUUCUGUAUGAUCUCAUCAAUUCCCUUCCAUUACCAGAGACUCCAGUGGAAGAAGUCCUGAGGACACUGUUGGAGUCUCUGCCACUCAUUGACACUAUUCCAGAAUCAAUCAUUUAUUCCCUCUUAAAGACACUUUGGCUCUCUGACAGUGUUCCAGAGGAAAUGAUUCUUGAACUGGUACGUAAAAUUCCGACAUAUGCUCCAGAUGCUGCUUUACGUGCAUUGAUGGAAUCUGUCAUGCAGAGUGCUGCAAAGUAUCCUCCACAUGCAAUUUUACGUGAAAUGCUUCGACGGCUGCCAAUACCGACAAAAUGCAAAUGCAGAGAAAAGAAGCAGCCACCACCAAAAAUGCGUGUUACACCAAUGGUUUGUACAUGUAAAUCAUUAAGUGAAAUAGAAGUAAGUGACAUAAGAAUUAGUGAAACAGGGAUAACUGAAAGAGCGAGAAGUGAAACAGCAAUAAGUGAAAUGAGAAUAAGUGGGACAGGGAUAAUCGAAAUGACAGUAAGUGAAACAAGAGCAUCUGAAACAGAAGAAGACAAAACAAAAGUCAAUGAUGAACCAGAAGCAACAAGGCAUGUCAGUUGGGGCAGUGAAAAAGACAGUCCGUAAACAAAAUUAGCAGGAAAAUUGUGGCUAACUUUAAGCACUAUCGCCUUUUUGCUAGAUAUUUCACUUGAAUUGAAAAACUGCCAAAUAAAAUCUGUUACACUAUAAACUGAAUUUAAGGUGGUUAGUGAUUUUUUACAAAGAAAGAAAUGGAAAAUACGAAUGAACAGCUGAAGAUUUGCUGUAAAGAAAAUUUUUACUUAAAUGAGUUGAGCACAUAUGUUUCUGAAAUUAAUAAACACUUAUCAGCAGAAAUUCUCUCUGCAUAAAUUUCUUUUUUUUGUGUGUGUGUAGAAUGGGAGAGAGAUAUUGUACUCAUCAAGAGAAAUAUUUCAUGUUAUUACAGAUGUGUUUAAUUUUUUAAUGGUGUACUGUGUUUUCAGUUAACUUUGUAUUCCCAUUUUUGCACAAUAUUUCGCCUCAGUUGUCUCUUUCAGGUGCUAUUGUAUGUACUUACAAUGCGGACUUAUUUCGGACUGAACUAUUGUUGCUCACAGUCUGUUUUUUAUCAAUGUGACUAUGGCACAGGAACCGAAUUCACAGACAAAUUUACUAAUGCACAGUAGGAUUGUGAUAAUCAUCUACAGAUAUCAACAAUGCAGGAAACAAGGUCACUGCUUACAGUAAAGAUGACAUGCUAAGUUGCAGGCAGGACAAAUUAAGAUAGUGUUACACACAAGCUUUCAUCGGAAGGCAUAUCAUUCAUUCACACAAAAGCCAGCACACCUUAUGCACACAUGACCAUCAGCUAGUAUGAAACUUGUAUGAGCAAUAAAUUUUCACCAUUGACAACAGGAAGGCAAGAAAGGGAGUGGUGGUAAAGCACAUGACUGUCAGAUUGUGCAUUAGUGUCCUACAAUAAGUUCAAAGCCCUGCCACAGUAUCAUACAGAGUGAGGAUCAGUCGGUGAUAUGCUCAACAACCUCCCUAAUAUUAUUUGGGAGGCUCAUAUUAUGUGCCUGCUCCAAGUUUUGUCUACCAUUAAAGUGUAUGUAAUCA